AUGAACUUAGUAUCAUCCCACGUAUUUACUGAAUAUCUUAAUACCCACAAAAGUAAAACUCAAGUACUUUAUGAUGAAAUUACUAACAAAACCCAACAAUCAAAAGAAAAACUAAUUAACAAAAUAAACGAAGACAAAAUCUCACAAAACUUAAAAGUAGGUUGUCAAGUUUAUAAAAAAUCCGACAAUCGAGCGGGAAAAUCUAAAAAGAAAUUUUUAGGUCCUUUCACUCUCACUCAAAUUCUACCUAAUAAUAAAAUUGAGAUAGAAAAUCCGAAAACAAAACAUAAAGAAUUGGGAACCGCCAAAAUCAUAUCCAAUUCAUGGUCCUUUGCACAAACCUUUAACUUGACUCCCAUAAUAAACCAAUUUGACUCUCUUAAAAUACAAGCAAGACGCUUAUCUUCCAAUAUAAGCUCUAAAGACAAUUUCUAUAUUGAAUAUACGAAUUCGCUCGUAUCCCUACAUACUCUAGAAAAACGCAUAGAAAAUCUAAUCGAACAAAUUGUUCCAACAGUAGGAAAUUCGAAUAGAAUUAAGAGAGGAUUAUUUAAUCCUUUGGGCUCAUUUAUAAAAGUCAUUACUGGAAAUCUAGACCAAAAUGGCGCCGAGAAAAUUGACGAGAAAAUUAAACUAUUACAAGAAAAUCAGAAUAAACUUAAAUCGGACGCAAUCAAUCAAAUCACCUUAAUGGACUCUACGAUUGAUAAAUUCGAUAAAAUGAUUUCUAAUAUAACACAUAACGAAUUGGUCCUUCGAUCCCGAAUCUUACAAAUUGAACAAGUAAUUAAAGACGCUAAUCUAACCCAAAACAUUCGAGGUUAUUUUAUGACGUUCACAGUAAUUAAUCAAAUUACUUUAAUGUAUCAAUCAAUUUAUAGUAUUCUUGAUAAAUUGGAAGUAGCUAUAAGUUUUUCCAAACUUAACACCUUACAUAACUCGAUAGUGAACCCAAACGAACUCUUAUCUGAAAUUAAAAAUGUCGAAUCACAUUUGAACCCGGAUAGGUUACCAAUUUCUCCAGUACCUGAAAACAUACUGAUUUUCGAGACAUUUCUACAAAUUAAAUGUUUCUUAAAAGAUUUUAAUGUCAUAUUUAUAUUGGAACUCCCACUUGUAGAAGCGGGUGUGUAUCAAUACUUCAAUCUACAUCCAUUACCUAUCCCAACAAACCAUAAUCAAACCUUUUUCGUCAACAUCCCACAUAAGCCAUACCUAGCACUAAGUGACGUCAAAUACUCCUAUAUGGACCAACGUUGUGAAGAAAUCUCGCCUGAUGAAUACCUAUGUCAAAAAGCCCGUACUACCUUUAUCGAAAACUACCUUCCAUGCGAAGUACAGCUGAUUAAAUACAGUACAAACAUCACAUCAUGUCAUCCUUUCGAAGUUCAAUUGCACGCACCGCAAAUAACCAAAAUUAUUGAUGGAAAAUGGCUCGUUACAGUUCCUAUUCCACUUAAAAGUUCAACGAACUGUCAAAACCUAAAGGAAACCGUACCCAUCUUCGGAUCCUACCUACUAGAAGUGCCCGUUGAUUGUAAAGCCAAAAUACAAUCAACCACCCUCGAGAGCUUCAAGCCAAGUCGACUCUCUUUUAAAGAAGUCAAUUUACCGAUAUUGGACCUAUCAUUGAUUAACCAUAACCAAUCAAUGCCCUACGACCUACCUUCAUUGGAUUUGAACAUCAUUAACGUCAAGACAUCCAAAGACAUAAAAGAAAAACUUCAUGAACAAAAGAAGAAACUUGAAGAAAUUACGUGCUUUCAACUCACACGGGAGGAGUUACAUUCUCAUAAACUUAGAGUUCAGCAGUUUGUUACUUUGUUUUCAGAACUAGUCCGACCGUUGCAUUUCUUGGGAACAGCUUUGUCAGCAAAGCCAAUAAUUAUAAAUAUUAAUUUUACUUAGGUUUAAG